AUGCUGGGUGACUGCGCCCAUCAGCCGUCGGUUUUUGGUGAGGCGGCGACGUCGCCGCUAGCAUCAUUGAGUAGAAGGUCCACAUUCGAUGAGGAUUCGUUCUUCUCCCCAACCAAGCCACAAGUGGAUCAGAGAGGAGCUCGCGCAGGUCCAAGUCCGCAGCAGAUUCAAAGAUUACCUACUGUUCACGACAAAGUUUUGGACUGGUUUCUCGGGAUGAUCGAAAAUCGUCAGCUGAGGGCUUCAGCAUGUGCAAGCGUCAUUUGUGCUUUCCUUUUCUUCGUAUCCCUUAUUGUUCUGCAGUUCUCAAUACUAUCACCGCUGCAUUUUUUCAGUGCUGAGCAGCUGCAACGAGUACCCUGGACAAGCACAGAUUCGUGGCUCUGUUUUAGCUCAGUUCUGAUCUACAAUGUUCUUCAUUCCAUUGCAAUCAUGAAAAUGACGCGAUUUCCUUCAGAUGAGAAAUUUCUAGUAGGCUUGGUUAUUCAGUCAGCUGUAAUGUCGGCGUUUUCAUCCAUAUUUCGCAACGAUUUCCAGCUCAACUUUUCUGGCGCUGUGACACAGCUGGGUCUCAUGCACACCAUUAUUGGCAUGUUCGCGGUUGGGUACGAGUCUGUCAUGGUGUCAGCAUUCCGCGAAGCAAUUCGCAUAGCAUCUGUCACAGCGGUCAUAGGUUGUGUUACUGGCUUGUUCUGCCAUGGUUUCUCGUCUGUGCUACUGUUGUUCAAUAUAUCUUUUCACAUGUACAACAUAAUUAUUAUCUUUGGGCAACAAUUUGCUACAAAAGCUUUGCUGAGAUUGGUUCGCCAUCUUGUAAUGAAGGUUAGGUGA